GUCAAGCACUGAGCCCAAGAUAAAGGUUGGUAAUAAGCAACAACUGGCAUAGUUAAAGAAAUUUAUAUUUCAACCUAAACCGAGCAACAUCAAAACAAUAUUAGAACAACAACCAGAAAGUGGCUUGGAAAGCAGAUCUUAUUUAGCCUGAAGAUCAAUCGGUAAGAGAAAUCCAGUGUGACCUGCGGCAGACAGCGAAACGAAACAUGCCGGUGAAAUGUUGUUUCCACAGGUCAGCCCCUAGAGAAGCAGCAACAUGGAUGGAAUCUGUGGAUACACUACUAGCUAAUAAAGAUGGUCUGGCUGCCUUCAGGACUUUCCUAAAAUCAGAAUUCAGUGAGGAAAACAUUGAAUUCUGGCUGGCCUGCAAGGACUUCAAGAAAACAAAGUCAGCAGCUAAAAUUGCCUCAAAGGCUCAAAAGAUUUAUACAGAUUUUAUCCAGACAGAUGCUCCAAAAGAGAUAAACAUUGACUUCAGUACCAGAGACCAGAUCACCCAGAAUAUUUCUGAACCUAAUCUCCAGUGUUUUGAUGAUGCUCAGAAAUUAAUCUACGGUCUCAUGACUAAGGACUGUUUCCCAAGAUUUCUGAAGUCGGAAGCUUAUAAAGAAUUGAUAAACAAGCAACAAAAUGGAAACCAAAAAAGGUGGCUGCCAUUCCUGUAAAGGUCAAGUUCAGAAAUAUCUCUUUCACAACUAGAUGUGGAAUGAUGGUUAUCUUGUUUGGCUGAGUAUGCACCUCCCUCAUAGUUUGGCUUGCAAGUUGAACUUGCAAUUACCACACAUUGAAUUUAUUUCAUUCUUCAUUUUAAUGCAAUAGUAGUAGUUGACAGCUUUACAUUUAUCAUUUUUAUAUGUUGAAGGGUCACUUGAAAACACCUGGAAAAGGUAAGAUGGAUAUGUGGCAUAGCACAUGAGAAGACUCACACACUUUGAGCCUAGAACCUUUCAGGUGAACUGGAGCUUACCGAUGUAAAUCCCUAUGAAAGUGUAGUCACUAACUUGAACUCGUUGGUAAAACUUUUAUUGUAUAUUAUAUUAAUUUUUAUGUUUUAAUAUUGAAAUGGACUAUGGCUCUACAAUAAAUCCUUACUGUACUGUA